GGGAGAGUUCAGUAGCGCGCGAUGUCUGCGCCCAGCACCCCGCUCGUCGGCAUGGGCUGCAGUGACGGCAAGCGGCUUGUCAUCCGAAGAGUGGGAACUUCCCCGUCGGAACUCCUCAACAUCGUGCCCCAGAAUGAAGGUUCUCCGGAUAGCCUGAGUAUGAAUGAGGAAGAAGAUGAUGAUGAUCCUGGAUCUCGAGGGAGUUGGGACAACAAGCUGCAGUUCAUCUUGGCCUGCGUUGGCUGCUCUGUAGGCUUGGGUUCCCUCUGGAGGUUCCCCUACUUGGCUUAUACCUCUGGAGGUGGUAGCUUUCUGGUGCCUUACUACCUGAUAAGACUGAUAUGUGGGAUUCCAUUGCUGUACAUGGAGCUCGCCAUCGGCCAGUUCACCCGCAGAGGCCCGAUUGGCACCUUUUCCAAGCUUUGUCCCUUAUUUAAAGGUGCUGGUUUGGCCAGCGUAGUUGUGGCAUUCUUCAUGUCUACAUAUUACAACAUGAUCAUAGCGUAUGCCAUAUUUUACUUCUUCUCGGCAUUCAGGUCCAAGCUGCCUUGGGAAGACUGCUCAAAUAGGUGGAAUACCAAGCUCUGUUGGCCGACGCACCACGCCAAUAUGACUAAACCUGCUCACUCGGAAUCGCCAGCUGAGGAAUUUUUUAUUGGUAAAUUGUUGAAGCAGAGCCACGGUAUUGAGGAACUCGGGAGUGUUCGUUGGGAGCUAGCAGCCUGCCUCUUGUUCGCUUGGAUCAUUGUUUAUUUCGCCUUGUGGAAGUCUGUCCGAUCUUCCGGCAGAGUUCUAUACUUCACAGCUACCCUUCCAUUCAUUCUGGUCCUUGCCUUCCUCGGCAGAUCUCUUACCUUAGAGGGUGCUGAUGUUGGUCUUGACUUUCUCUUUAAGCCUAGUUGGCACCUACUAAAGGAUUCUAAGGUUUGGAUUUAUGCAGCAGCCCAGAACUUCAACAGUAUCGGCAUUGCCUAUGGUGGAGUUAUCACAUUUGCUAGCUACAACACAGAAAAGAAUAAGAUCUUACCGGAUACGCUCCUCAUUUCAGCCAUCAAUGACAUCGCCUGUAUGAUAAUAGCUGUGUUUUCGUUUGCAACCAUUGGUAACAUCUCUACUGAACAUCAAACCUCCAUUGACAAAGCAAUUUCUGACAGUCCUGGGUUGGUUUUCGUAGUCUACUCUACAGCUAUGUCUAAGAUGCCCUUCUCAAGUUUCUGGGCAGUAUUGUUCUUCUUUAUGUUACUUUGCCUUGGUCUUAAUACACAGUUUGCAAUAGUCGAAGUGGUCGUAACCUCGAUCCAGGAUGGCUUUCCUAAUUGGAUUAAAAAGAAAGUGCUCUGUCACGAGUUGUUAGUGUUUGCGGUCUGUUGCGUGUCUUUUAUCCUUGGAUUCCCUUUAGUGACUCAGGGAGGGAUAUUCUUCUUCCAGCUGAUUGACCAUUACGCAGUCUGCAACUCAAUUGUUUACAUCGCUUUCUUUGAAGUAAUUGCAGUUUCCUGGUUCUAUGGAGCUGGCAGGCUAGCUACAAAUAUUGAAAGGAUGUCAGGUGAAAAGACGAACUUCUAUUUCAAAUUCUGUUGGGUUUUCGGAGCACCUACACUCAUAUUUUUUGUCUGGCUCUUUGGCAUUCUUGACUAUACCGGUCUGUCGUUGGACAAUGGUUACCACUUCCCGACGUGGGCUAAUGUUGCCGGAUGGUGCAUCACCGCUGCCUGCCUCCUCUGCAUCCCAAUAAUUUUGGUUUAUGUUACCAUGUUAGCUGAGGGAAAGAAUUUCUUUAAGAAAUUGUGUAAUGCAAUGAAGCCCAGGAUUGAAGACAUACCUCCUCCGAUAAAAGAGACUGAGAUAAAAGAGAUGAAGACACUUAUGAAGCCCAUAAUAAGGGUCAAAUCUAACAGCCUCGACCACAUAGUGAUAAAAUGAUCAACUUACGAUGACCAAAGAUCAAAUCGAACUUAAUAUUUCCUACCAGAUCGAGGAAGCCAAAAAAAACACAUACCAGAAGCUCAUGCAAUUGUUUGUAUCUUUCUGGUCUAACAUUUAUUAUGUUAGCCUGGCUCUAUCUAGUCGUAAACAAAUUUUCACUCAACAAAGUCUAGGUUAAUUUUUGUAAGCGAGAUCAUUAAUUUCGGAAGGUAUAUAAGCCGUUGAAAAGAGUUCUUAGUUAGAAUUUGAUUAGAUAUUACUAGAAUUCCUACAAAAUUUAAUUUAGUUAAGAAAUUAAUGUUAUAAAUGUAAUUUAAUUAUUUUUAUACACCUUUUAAAAUAUAAAUACGAGAAAUUAUGGUAAUUAUAUUGAAAUAUUAAAUAAAAAAUUUCAACUACUGAUAACAUUUAUAUUAAAUGUUAUUUCUCAGUUGUUAUUACAAUUAAUAUAUUUUAUUUCCUGGUUACAACUUUUUUGAGAUGAGCCAGGUUUUAAUGGAAACUGUAUAAUCAUCACAGUUUUAUGUAUUAUUACUAUAUUAUUAUAGUAAUAAUAUUUACUACCAUUAUUUACAAUGACUAUAUGAGCUUAUAAAUUUUUCUUUCAAAUUUAAAAAAAAAUAUAUAUAUAAAUAAGUGUUUUCAUCUCUAGAAAAGUUGAUAACUUUUUUUAAAAAUCUUGUAAUAAAAGAAAAGUUUCUGAAUACUAAUGGGAUGACAUUUCAAUGUAAUGAAAUGCCUGGUCUAUUGGACUUAUGGUGGCGCAGAAAAAUUGGAAGGAACUUUUAGGUAUCAAUUAAUAUUUUAUUCGUCUAAGAGAUUGAAAAGAAAAAAAAAAAGAAAGCUUUUAAACUUUAUGUUUCUCAAAUGUAUAUGUAGACAUUAUUUUGUUAACGAACUAAGGGAAUGAAAAUAUUUAGGAAAAGUUGAAGUUUCUAAAACUCUUAAUCCAAGUUGCUAACCUAUUUAUUUAUUUAUUAUGCACAAUUUAGGUAGUUAAAUCUAUUGUUCUAUAAAAAUCUGCUUUUUAAUGAAAUUAUAUUUUUUAAAAAUUUUAAUAAUCAUCAAUUGAUGAUACAUAACAAUUCCUUAGUGUUGUAAAUAAAAUAAAUGUGAUUUUUAUACUAGAAUAGUUGUGAACUGUUUGUAGCCAAAUCAAACUGAAACCACUAGAUCAGCCAAUCGCUUAUAUUAGAAAGUUGGCAAUGGUUCCAGUAUAGGUUGAAAUAGUUCUUAAUAAUUUAAUAAAUUCAAAGAUAUUUAAGUGUUUUUUUUUAUAAACUGUGUUAUUAGAAUAAAGUUUUAUAAAUAUCAGUUUUAUUAGCUUUAGAAAAUUGCUCAUACUUUUGAUGUUACAAUCUAUAAUAUAAUAUUUGCAUUCCUUAAUUCUAUAUCAAGUUGUUGUUUGUUAUGUUGUUUUUUUAGGAUGAAUUAAAUACCAUCUUCUUUGUAAACAUUUUAAAAGUGCUUUGAAAAUCUAGAACAAUUUAGGGCUUUUCAAACUUUAAUAACCAGUAUGCAAUAAUUCCCCAACGGCCUAAUUUAGUAUUGGUGUUAGACAAUUUUGUAAAAAAUAGAUUUACUUAUAAAUUUAAUAAAUUAGAGAAAACUGGUGCUAUAGAAUUAAAUACUGAAUAUUAGAUUUCCUUUUAUGUUUGUUAUAACCAAAAUUUGUAUAUUUGAUGAUAAGAUGGGUUAUAUGUGUUUUGAUAAUAUAGUUAACCACCCAUAACCAGAUUCUUUAUGACUCCGAUUAGUUAAUAUUACUUUUUUCCUUACAAAAAUGCAUUUUUUUAAAAAAACAAAUAAAUGAAUCCUUCCUUUUCACGUUGUACAUUUCAUAUAAUUUUAUAAUUGAAACCAAUUAUUCAAGCAUUUUUUUGGUAAAAUAUCCUUUUUACAACUACAAUCUCAAUUAAUAAAUAUUAAAUUAUCCACAAAUUUCUUAUUGAGAUAAAAAUGUAAAUACGUUUUAGUUAAAUAAUAUUUGGCCAAUUUCCCUUCUUUUUUUUUUAAAGUCUACUAUAAAAUUAAAUACUUAUCUCCAAGGAUGUAUAAUAUAAAUAUGUAAUUAUUUAAUUUAAACGAAUGUAUAUCACUUCAUUAUUAUUUAAUUUUAAAUUAAUAUAAGAAUGUAUAUUUCCUGUAAGUAUAAAUUUGUAGCUAUUUAAUUUUUAAAAAAUAUUGCUACUGUUGGUGCAAAAUAUCGUAAAUAAAAACUGAGUUUAUUUUACAUAAAAACUGAUUAAUGCUUUAUGGUUAUAUUAUUAUUGGUAUUAUUUCAUAUUUUAUUUCCCUCUGCUAUUUUCCUAUUUAGCAGACUACUUAUAACCAUUGUUAACUACAAAAUGUCACCUUUAGCACCAAGUGAAUAAAGAUAUAAAAUUGUCACAUACGACCUUUUGUAAUAACAGUAGCGAGAUAUGAAUUGUUCAGUUGACACUUCAAAGUUUUUGAUAUACAAAAUUGUUUCUUUCUUAUGAGAUGUAAAUACUUGAAACAUAGUGAGAUUUUUAUUUGUUGUAAUUAAAUAUAUAUUUUUUAUAUUUUGAUAUUGUUAGUUUAUUGCAAAAAUUCAUUAAGUGCACUUGUUAUAUAGGUUAAUUUUCAAAUAUAUUGUUGUGAAUUUCAACGUUAGUUAUCAUGAAUAAAAUUCAUCAAAUUUAUUAAUUAUUUGAGGUCAUGAAAUGUCACUUAAUGACUUUUUACAAUAAACCAACGAUAUGCAAGAAAUUGGUACUGUGGUAAGGAAUUUUUUAUAAGUCAGUUGAUAAUCCGGUACUUCUUCACUAGCAGGCCGGGACUGAAUGCUAUCUGCCAAUGUUUAUAACCUGAACACUGAUAAUUCCGAUAAGGCAGUGAUAAGCCUUCUAAUAAUUCCUAUCUUUGUAUUAUUGUAUUAUAUUCGUAUUAUUGAAAGUUAAACAGAAACAAAAACAAAUUUAAUAACAAAAAAAAAACUUUUGUUUUACGACACAUGUAUUAAUGAAAUAAGUUAUGGGACCACCCAUAAAUCAAUUUUAAAGCCAUUAAAAACGAAAUCCUCGAGCCCUCCAACCAUGUUCCUUUCUUUAUUGAAAGUCUUAUGUCACAAGUGCAACGAUAGCAUCUCCGUUUGGUGUUCCUGGUUAACUUCAUUUGAUGACCUCGUUCACACAAUUUCACCUCUGCAAGUAUCCUAACGUUUUGAAAAUAUUCAAUAGCCUGUUCUUCUGAAGACGGUAAAUCCCAGAAUGUAACAAGAUUCAUAAUUUGACAAAAAUAAACUAAAAAAAAAAAAAUGAAAAUAUACACAAAUGGGCCAAAAAUAAAGAAUUUAAUAACUGAAAGGUUUGGCAGGAUAAGAAGAGGGAGGUUAUGUGACAUGACGUUAGAUAACAUAGAUAAGAAGUGAGGUUUUGACCCGCCCUGCUAGUGAAGUAGUACCGAUAAUCCAAAGUGACCAAAUUAACUUUCAAGAGAAAAAUAUAUUUGUGUGUUGGGCAUUGGACUUCCCAAGGUCAGGGUUCCGGGUUUGUGCCUGGCUUAUGGCAGAUAAAUUAUUUAUUCUGUUAUCCAUUGGCCAAGGAUCCAUCCUGGGGUCAGGAAACCCUCCUGGGACUCACCCAGGCUCAAUAAAAUAGGUACUCUUAAUUAAUUAAAGGAGAAAACCUGGUGGUUGAACAUGAUUUUGGUCAAAUCACCUCCUUGCAUAACCGUUGAACAAGAAACAGUACUUUACAACAUAGUACUGAACCCAAGACCCUUCAUGGGUUGUAGUGGUGCAGGUUUUUUUUUUUAAUGACAGGUUGGACUUUAAAUGUAAAUAAUAAGGUUCUUUGUUGAUUUAAAAAUUACAGUUUUUUCUAGAUUGAAAAAAAAUACCCUUUAUUGGCAACUGUAUUAAGCCUAUCGUUGUUUCUAUUGUGCUCUUGAGAUUAGUGUUUUUCAUACGUUCCUACUAACAGUUUUGCUAAGAGUAAGUUGAACCUUCAUGUUAUCUUAUCUUCAUGUUUAUAGUUAAAUAAAGAUUUUAUAAUUUUUGAGGUACGUCCAUUACUGGUACCCCUAUCCAUUACUAGAAGAAUUGAAUUUUGGUGUGUCCAUCACUAGUGCAAAACUGUGUUUUUUUUUUAAAGGAGAUUAUAUCUGCAUAUCUAAAUAUUUUUUCAAUUUCAAAGUGUCAAAUAUAAAAAAAAAAAGACUCAAGAGAUUCUAAAUGUCCAACGUAGAAGUUUAUAACUAUAAUAAUUAUGGCGACAUAAGACAAAAAAUUCCUUUGCUAUGUCCAUCAUUGCGCUUACCCUAUUAGCUCUAAAGUAUAAACUUAGUGUAUUUUUUCCUCAAAAUAUAAAUCGGCUAUAUUGACUACAUUUUAUUUUAACACAGCAUUACAGAAAAUGGUAAUCUUUUUUUUCUUCUGAGAUAAUUUCAUGAAGUAAAUUUUAAUCAUUCAAUUAAAAGUUGGCGUUUGACCCUUGGUUAAAUCACUCAUCUUUAUUAAUUAAAAAAAUCAAAAUCUUAUUUUCCCAAAAUAAUGAACUUGAGCUGUCAACUGAAUGGAUUGCAAUAUUACUUUAUUAUUUACAAAUCAUAAAUUACAAUCAGGACCUAUGCUUCUUAUAUGAAGCUUCUCUGUAGACUGAUAAACAAUAAUGGAGUUGAAUUUAUGUUUCUUCAUUGUUUUUAUUUGCACAUUAAUACUGUUAUAAUUGUUCUUUCUCUAUAGAUAUUUGGCUAUAAAAAUGGUGUUUCUAUCAAAUAUUUUAUAUUAAAAAUUAAACUUAUGAUUAUUAUUUUCAUUUUCAUUAUUAUCAUUAUUGGUAAAAGUUAAUCACUAAGCAUACAUUCUCUUAUGAAGUUGAAAGAAUUUAAAUAUUUCUUUGAUUCUCUUCAUAUAGUGGAUACAGAAAUAGUUCACAAUACUGCAAUCUGAUCACGUAAUGCUGUCCCUAAUUCCAUCUACUGCUAUAGUAUAGUCAGUGUCAUUAUAUAUAAUGUGCAAUGACAAUAACUAUAAGCUACCUUGGUUCGACAUGGUUUUAAUUGACAUAUUUGGUUAAAUUGAGAUUAUUAGUGCUUAUAAUUUUAUUUUUUGUCUAAGGCACAUGAGAAAUCAACCAUUCAAACUGUUAAUGUAUCCACAUACACUGACGAACAUUUGUUUAGUUUUGUUAGUAAUCAAUGUAACGAAAUAAGCUUAAAAUCAAUUACAAGUCUAAUAUUAAAAUGGUUUAGUUAUAUAAGAGGCAAUGGUUGUGUUUAUUGUUUCUAGAGGAAAAUCAUUCAACUAUUCAUCAAUCUGUUAGAAAUUUUGAAUGAAGUUAGUAUUAAAUGUAUAUUAUACUGUUUCUUUCAUUUUCUUUUCUUUUUUUUUAAUUGUGAUUAAUAGAUUUUGGAAUAAGAUAUACCAUGUUUUAUAUUUUUAUAAAUUGUGAAAGUUGGUGUUUUACUGAUGAAACAUUUCAAUUGCAUAAACAUGGUGUUCUAAUGCAUCUCAUUCCUAUUGUUAAAAUCAUUCCAUAAAAACUGAAAAAUCUGUGACAAAUAAAUAUGAUUUUUCAAAAGUU